CCACCCCUCGCCCUCCCCCCUCCCCAAAAACAAUCCCCAGUCUCCUUUUCUGCAUUUUUUUAGCUACUUACAAUACAACUCAUUCAUUCCCCACAGAUCAAUAUUCACUCCAUUCCCCUUUUUCCUCACUUCGUUUAGAUUUAUAUUCUCAGCUCCACAUUUUUUUCACACACUAACGGUGUCACUGCGUCGGUCUGUCACUCCGUCAGUAAGUCAGACAGACACCUGCAGCCGCAGAGCAGCCAAUCCUAGAAAUCAAUUGAUUGAGAAUGAACUGUGGUGUAAAAGUUGCUGCAUUUUUACAGCUGUAAAGAGCUACUGCAGUUGAUGGAGUUACUGUAGUUGAAGAAGAUCGAUAAUCGAAUUAGUUCUACUUUUUUUUUUUAUUUAAUUUUUUUGGGUGAUUAGAUAUUAUAUUCAGCGUGAAGGCGAAUAUUGGACACUGAGAAUAGCGGUUGGGGGUUUAUUAAUUGAAGUGAAUUUGCGUGUAGAAAAAGGAUAUGGCGUAUGAAUGGGAGGAUUUGGAGAUUGGGGGUUAUGAGGAAGAGGAGAUUUAGGGCUUUAUUUUAAGAGCUGCUCUUUGAUGCCUCGUCGGGAUAGGAUGAAUUCAGAUGUUAGCAGAACUGGGGGACCGGUCGAAAGAGACAUUGAGCAGGCUAUCACUGCUCUUAAGAAAGGUGCAUAUUUGCUGAAGUAUGGAAGAAGAGGAAAACCUAAAUUUUGUCCUUUCCGGUUGGCAAAUGAUGAGUCUGUUCUGAUGUGGCUUUCGGGGAAAGAGGAGAAGCACCUCAAACUAAGUCACGUGUCCAGGAUUAUUUCCGGUCAGCGUACUCCGAUUUUCCAAAGGUACCCACGACCAGAGAAGGAGUAUCAGUCUUUUUCCCUCAUAUAUAGUGACAGAUCUCUUGAUUUGAUUUGCAAGGAUAAAGAUGAAGCAGAAGUAUGGUUUAGUGGUCUAAAGGCAUUAAUUUCACGUAGUCAUCAGAGAAAAUGGAGAACAGAAUCAAGGAGUGAUGGGGUUUCAUCUGAAGCUAAUAGUCCUCGAACGUACACAAGGAGAAGUUCACCAUUACAUUCUCCAUUUGGUAGUGGUGACAGCUUACAGAAGGAUGGUAACGAUCAAUUUCGCCUUCAUAGCCCAUACGAUAGUCCCCCUAAGAAUGGUAUGGAUAAAGCUUUCUCAGAUGUAAUAUUGUACACCAUGCCACCGAGGGGUUUCUUUCCCUCAGAUUCUGCUAGUGGUUCUGUCCACUCCUUGUCUUCGGGUUCGGAUGGCUUACAUGGUCAGAUGAAGGCAAUGGGAAUGGAUGCCUUCAGGGUGAGCCUUUCUAGUGCCGUUAGCUCAUCAAGUCAAGGAUCUGGUCAUGAUGAUGGUGAUGCAUUGGGUGAUGUUUUUAUUUGGGGUGAAGGCACUGGAGAUGGUGUCCUUGGUGGUGUGCCUCACAGAAUUGGCGGUUGUUUUGGUAAUAAAUUGGAUUCUUUACUGCCUAAAGCUUUAGAAUCUGCAGUGGUACUCGAUGUUCAGAAUAUAGCCUGUGGUGGACGUCAUGCUGCCCUUGUAACAAAGCAAGGGGGGAUAUUCUCUUGGGGUGAGGAGUCUGGGGGUAGGCUUGGGCAUGGUGUAGAUUCAGAUGUUUUGCAGCCAAAGCUUAUUGAUGGCCUCAGCAACACAAACAUUGAGCUUGUUGCAUGUGGAGAACGUCACACUUGUGCUGUAACACUUUCUGGUGACCUGUACACAUGGGGUGAUGGUCAUUUUGGUCUUCUUGGGCAUGGUAAUGAAGUGAGCCAUUGGGUCCCAAAAAGAGUAAAUGGGCCAUUAGAGGGAAUACAUGUUUCAUCAAUCUCCUGUGGGCCCUGGCAUACCGCUGUUGUGACCUCUGCUGGGCAAUUGUUUACCUUUGGUGAUGGAACUUUUGGGGUUCUUGGUCAUGGGGAUCGCAGAAGUAUUUCAAGACCUAGGGAAGUGGAAUCUCUUAAGGGACUCCGAACUGUACGAGCUGCUUGUGGUGUUUGGCAUACUGCUGCAGUUGUCGAAGUUAUGGUUGGAAAUUCAAGUUCCAGCAAUUGUUCUUCGGGUAAACUAUUCACUUGGGGAGAUGGGGAUAAAGGAAGACUUGGGCAUGGUGAUAAGGAACCAAAACUUGUCCCUACCUGUGUUGCUGCCCUUGUUGACCCUAAUUUUUGUCAGGUUGCUUGUGGACAUAGCCUGACUGUUGCUCUUACAACCUCUGGUCAUGUAUACACUAUGGGCAGUCCUGUUUAUGGCCAGCUAGGAAAUCCUCAGGCUGAUGGAAAGCUCCCAUGCCGUGUUGAAGGAAAACUUGCUAAGAGUUUUGUGGAGGAGAUAGCUUGUGGUGCCUAUCAUGUGGCGGUUUUGACUUCAAGGACUGAAGUUUAUACAUGGGGAAAAGGAGCAAAUGGUAGGUUGGGCCAUGGGGAUACAGAUGACAGAAAUUUUCCCACGUUACUAGAAGCCUUAAAAGACAAGCAAGUCAAAAGUGUUGGUUGUGGUACUAAUUUCACUGCUGCCAUUUGCCUUCACAAGGGGUUCUCCGGGGUUGAUCAAUCUAUGUGUUCUGGCUGCCGUCUACCAUUUAAUUUUAAAAGAAAGCGCCAUAAUUGCUAUAAUUGUGGACUUGUAUUUUGUCAUUCAUGCAGCAGUAAGAAGUCACUCAGGGCUUCUUCGGCACCGAAUCCCAAUAAACCUUAUCGUGUCUGUGACAAUUGCUUCAGUAAAUUGAAGAAAUCUAUUGAAACUGAUGCUUCAUCUCAUUCUUCAGCGGGCAGGAGAGGAAGCAUAAAUCAGGGAUUAAGCGAUAUUAUUGACAAAGAUGAAAAAGUGGAUGCCAAGUCUCGUCCUCAUCUUGCUAGGUUUUCUUCAAUGGAAUCAUUAAAACAAGUGGAAAGCCGCUCUUCCAAGCGAAACAAAAAAUUAGAAUUCAAUAGCAGCCGUGUAUCACCUAUUCCAAAUGGAAAUUCCCAAUGGGGAGCACUCAAUAUCUCUAAAUCUUUUACUGGAUCAUCCAAAAAGUUUUUCUCAGCAUCUGUUCCUGGAUCAAGAAUUGUUUCACGAGCAACAUCACCAAUAUCUAGACGGCCUAGUCCACCUCGUUCUACUACUCCAACUCCAACUUUGGGGGGGCUUACAUCACCGAAAGUUGUUUUGGAUGAUGCAAAAAUGACGAAUGAUGGUCUUAGUCAAGAAGUUAUUAAGUUAAGAGCUCAGGUGGAAAAUCUUACUCGUAAGGCUCAACUUCAAGAAAUAGAGCUGGAACGAACUAAUAAGCAGCUGAAGGAGGCAAUAGCAAUUGCUGGGGAAGAAAGUGCAAAAUGCAAAGCUGCUAAAGAAGUAAUAAAGUCACUUACUGCUCAGCUGAAGGAAAUGGCGGAAAGGCUUCCUGUUGGUGCUGCCAGAAACAUCAAAUCUCCUCCCUUGACUUCACUGGGUUCUAAUCCUAUCUCUGGUGAUGUUCCAAAUGCUUCUACUGACAAAUUGCAUGGUCCAGCAUCUGGCCUAGAACUGGAAUCCAAUGGAGUAAAUAAUCAGUUACUUCCCAAUGGAUCUAGUACCAACAGUACUCGUAGUUCUGGUCACAACAAACAAGGGCAUUCAGAAGCAGCUGCAAGAAAUGGGGGCAGAACAAGAGAAGGUGAUUGUCGUAAUGAAAACGAAUGGGUGGAGCAAGAUGAACCUGGUGUUUAUAUCACACUUACCUCCUUACCUGGAGGUGCAAAAGAUCUUAAGCGAGUACGCUUCAGCCGGAAGCGGUUCAGUGAGAAGGAAGCAGAACUUUGGUGGGCAGAAAAUCGGGCAAGAGUAUAUGAACAGUACAAUGUACGCAUGGUUGACAAGUCAAGCAUUGGUGUAGGAAGUGAGGACUUAGCACAUUGACAUGUCGAUACAUCAUAUAUGACACAAUGUGUGGGGGAUGAGGGUGAGAAAUGUAAAGUUCUAGUAGGCUGCUGGCUCUUGUUGGGAGCAGCUUCCUUGUAAAUUCCACAAGCAAAUGUAUCUUUAAUUUUCUUGCUCAUC